CACCACCACCCACUCGCGCCGCAGAAACCGAAACAGAGAGAAAUAAAUGCAAUCUGUGCCGUAAGCGGGGGCGUGCAACAAACACUUUAACUGCGCGGAGCGAGUUCUAUUAGUAGUCGGAGAUCAGCAGAGUCGUAGGAACGCCCAAUCCCCGCCAGAACCGCUGACGUACGCACUGCUGUGGGUUCAAAAAAGGGCAACGAAAGGCGGGAGAAGCACAGUGAAGAGGGGUGGAGAAGGAGGAGGAGGCGAAGGCGGCGUCAACAGAAGCAAUCAAGUGGCAACAGGAGAUAGCCGGGGCAAAAUGCAAAAAGUUAAUUAGUCCGCGGCCAAAGCAAAUCGGAGACACCCCGCCGAGGAGGAGGAGACACCCCGCCAUGGAAUUCGCCGACCUGAUAAAGACCCCCAAGCUGGACGGAGUCCUCCUGCACGACCCCUCCAAUGCGGGCGGGGCGUCGGGUGCAACAGUUGGCACCCUCUGCAUCACCGGGCACCACUUGCUGCUCAGCGCCCGCCAGGAGACCAGCCAGGAGCUGUGGUUGCUGCACAAGAACAUCGACAGUGUGGAGAAGAAGCCCAGCUUGUCGCAGAACAUCGUGGUCGGUGGCCUCAUCACGCUGAAAUGCAAGGAUCUGCGCAUCAUCUCGCUGGAGAUCAAGUGCGGCAAGGAGUUCCUCAACGUGGCCGCCUCGCUGGAGGCACUCAGUGGCAUUCAGAACACCGAGCUGCUGUAUCCCUUCUUCUACCGACCCAUGUACACCAUCCUGGAGGACGGCUACACGAUGUUUAGGCCCGAGCUGGAGUUCGCAAAGCUCAUCAGCGGCGUGGGCAUGGGCGGGGGGUCCUCGCCGAAUGUGGCCAACAUAACAAUUUGCAUGCCAUCAACAUCGACAACGAAUGUACAACAUCCCCUGCAGAAUGGCUUUGCGAUAGACGCCCUGGCGGGUGGCGUGGGCGGAGGAGUGGGCGGAGGAGGAGCGCUUCAAGGUUCCCAGGCCUCCUGCGAGUGGCGCAUCAGCAACGUCAACAGAGACUUCAGCGUCUGUGCCACAUAUGGCGCCACGCUAAUUGUACCUAAAGCAAUUACGGACGAGCAGAUAGUGCUGUCCGCUGGGUUCCGCGACGGCGGUCGUUUUCCCGUGCUCAGCUACAGGCAUGAAAAUGGCGCCACCCUGAUGCGCAGCUCCCAGCCGCUGUCCAUUCAGGGCAUCAAACGCUGCCGGGCCGACGAGGCCAUCCUCAAUCUGGUGCUGGGACGCAGCCGAAAGGGCUUCAUCGUGGACACCUGGGGCAAGGGCAAGUCCAACACGGAAACGGACCUGCACUACUCGCAGUGGAAGAAGGUCAAUCGAUCGAUUGGCAAUGUCAGCUCGCCUGCUUCCAUCUUGGAUAGUUUUUCCCGGCUAAUCGAGGCCUGCAAUGACUUGGGCUGCAGCACGGACAAGUGGCUGUCGCGCCUGGAGAGCAGCGGCUGGCUCAGCCUCGUGCUGAACUCCCUGAACGCCUCGUGUGUGGUGGCCCAGUGCCUCGAUCAGGAGGGAAGUCCCGUGUUGGUUCACGGCGCCAAGGGCUUGGAUUCCACGCUCAUUGUCACCUCGCUGGUGCAGAUCAUUCUCAAUCCCGACUGCCGCACCGUGAGGGGCCUGCAAGCUUUGAUAGAGCGCGAGUGGAUCCAGGCAGGUCAUCCGUUCGCCUCGCGUCAUCGCUACUCAUGCUACACACCAAAUCAGACGCGCAACAAGACAUCUGGCGCCACCUUUGUGCUCUUCUUGGACUGCAUCUACCAGCUUUACACACAGUUUCCCUGUAGCUUUGAGUUCAGCACUCAGCUGCUGAUCCUUCUCUUCGAGCACAGCCACUUCUCGCAGUACGGCACCUUUCUGUGCGAUUCAGAGCGCGAGCGGAACGAACUGAACGUGCACUCCAGGACGACGAGCCUUUGGUCUUACCUAAACCGGCCGGAUGUUCUGCAGACCCUCUUAAAUCCGCUGUACGAGCCCAAUGCCAAUGUGAUAUGGCCAUCGGUGGCGCCGAUUAGUUUGGAGCUGUGGAGCGACCUCUAUUUGCGAUGGGUGAUAGAUCAGCGUAGCUGCGCCACAGUCUUGUCGCAAAUUCAGGAACUCGUGACACGCGAAAAGGAACUCAGAACUCAGGCCCUCAAACUGCGCAAACAGGCCUUGGAACUCGGCCAGGAAGUGUCUACCCUUAUGAAAAGUGCAGACGAUGCAUAGUCGGCUACCUCAGAAGUUCUCUAUAUAUUUUAAUCUCCUGCAUGAUAUACACUUAUUUUUGAUACGUUCUGUUGCAACAUUUCGACAAUUAUUUAAGCAAAUAGCAACACUAAAGUUAAGUCACUAAAAGUUCCAUUUACAAACAGAAAUUGUGCUGAAGAAAUCAGAAAUGAAAACAAGGUAAUUGAAUUAUUGGAUGAACCAUAGGAUCUGCUUUUGGAUCAACUCAAACACUCAAUUUUAGACAUACGUCUGUCCAUUUUUAACAACUAUACUACUACUUUAGAAGUUUUGUAUUAUAGUUAAUUUUAAAAAUGGAAAAUUAAAGGAAUAUCUGCUGUAACUUGAAACUCUCUCCUUGCAAAACGAGCUCUCUACUGUCGAACUCAAAAAUUUAAAUUCUGAUUAAAACUGCACAAGGCAACUAUCAAAUAUUUGGGUCAAUUUUGACGCAUUUACUUUUAUGGAAUUUUUAGCGCAUAAGUCUCCAGAAUUAUCUAUUUAUAGUACUUACUUGUGUCAGUUUUUUAGUGGACUCCAGGCCACAGAUCAAAUUUAGUAUUAUAAAUUCAGAAUAUUUGCCUUUUUCAAAAAGUUUGUAUGUACAUUUGAUUAAAUCGCAUAAACUUAAA